UCCAAACGCCUAAGAAUCAGAUCUCAGGUGAGGAGAGAUGCUAACAGGCAGCAAAGACUAAAAUCAGUGUAUCGGGCAUUCUAUCGUUUACUACCAACACAGGUUCGGAUUGCCCUGUAUUUAGUUGUUUCAGGCCAAUACAGCUGCAUCGUUCAUGGAAGAUAUCGAGAUUGGGACGAGUUGUAAGCAGAAAGAUGAGCGUGAAGUAGAACUGGAAGUGAGCAGAUCGACAAAAGCCCCACGGAGAAGGAGAACCACAGGUGGGCAUGCGCUGGCCAAUUCCAUGAAGAAAUCGCUCGACGCAUCUGUUUCCAAGACCAGACGUGGAAAGCCGCCUACUAUCUACAAAGUCCCACAAAGAAUCCGUCGAGGAAACAACGAAGCGUACGAUCCCCAGAUUCUGUCGAUCGGCCCAUAUCAUCGGGGUAAGAAGAGCCUACAAGGCAUGGAAGAGCAUAAAUGGCGGUACCUACAUUCGAUCCUCUCCCGCAAUCCCAACCAUCAGUUGGAAGAUUACCUUGAAGCGAUCAAGGAAUUGGAGGAUCAAGCGAGAAGUUGCUACUACGACAGUUUGGACCCACACACAAUCUACAAGGGGAACGAGUUUGUGAAAAUGAUGGUGCUUGAUGGUUGCUUCAUCAUCGAGCUCUUUCUCAAGCUAAAAGAGGAGUUAUAUGAGGUGGACCCGAUAUUUAGUAUGAUUUGGAUGCUGCCUCUUAUUGGGUAUGAUAUGCUUCUCCUCGAAAAUCAAAUUCCUUUCUUCAUUCUGCGGUGUAUAUUUGAAAUGGUUAGUCCGGAGAACAAACCCUUCCCAUAUUCACUUCCUGAGCUUGCCCUUGAUUUCUUUGAUCAAUUCAUCCCUAGGAAUAAGGAAAUUCCUAUCAUGAUCAUGGAUUCCAUCCAUCAUCUUCUACAUUUGUUCCACUCGCAUUUGAUUCCGACCCCAACUCGUUGUAAUGAGUCCAACAACCGUUCACUCAAUCCUAUCGUCGACUCCAUUCCUAACAAGUGGAAGAGUCUACUCGUGUUAUUGCGCGUAAACCGUUUUUUCCCAAAUUCAAAUAAGGCCCACUUGCCCAUUAGUAACAAUCAAUCUCCACCCUCGCUGCCCAUCAAGAUGAUCCCUUGCGCGGUUGAGCUCCAACUGGCGGGGGUCAUAUUCAAGAAGAAAGAGAAGUGGAGUAGCAUCUUGGACGUGAAAUUUAGUAAUGGGGUGAUGGAAAUCCCGCCGAUUUCGGUAAAUGCCUUCACCGAUUCUCUCUUUCGGAACCUUGUAGCAUUCGAACAAUGCUAUCCAAAUACAAGAAUCCGCUUCACAACUUAUGUUUUGUUCAUGGAUUGUAUUAUCAACACAUCCAAGGAUGUAGCGUUGCUCCAUCGCAAUGGGAUCAUAGAUCAUUUACUGGGAAGCGAUGAGGAUGUGGCCCACCAAUUUAACCGGCUUAGUGGUGGAACGUUCGAUUUUGAGAAUAAUUACCUUUCGGGUCUAUACAAGGAUGUGGAAGAACAUUGCAAGACUAAAUGGAAUAUGCGGUGGGCGAGCUUAAGGCGGGAUUAUUUCACCAACCCAUGGGCCAGCCUUUCUUCAACUGCAGCUGCCAUCCUCCUCAUGGUUGCCAUCACCCAAACCUUCUUCGCCAUCUUGUCUUUUUUUCGAACUCUGUCAUAAAUCUUGAUCAUCAUGUUUUAAUGAUUUAGAUAAUGAUUUUUCUCAUUUGUGUUUUGCUAAUAAAAGUAUCUAUUGUGUGUG